AUGGUGGAGUUUGCACCCCUGUCUGUGCCGUGGGAGCGCAGGCUGCAGACCCUUGCGGUCCUACAGUGGGUCUUCUCCUUUCUGGCUCUGGCCCAGAUCUGCAUUGUGGUUUUCAUAGGCCUCCUAUUCACAAGAUUCUGGUUCCUGGCCUUGCUGUACGCAGCGUGGUGGUAUCUGGACCGGGACACGCCGCGGCGGGGGGGCAGGCGUGUCCAGUGGACUCGGUGCUGGACUAUAUGGAGAUACAUGAGGGACUAUUUCCCCAUCUCGCUGGUCAAGACCGCGGAGCUGGACCCCUCCAGGAACUACAUCGCAGGCUUCCACCCGCACGGGGUCCUGGCGGCUGGAGCCUUCACUAACUUGUGCACCGAGAGCACUGGCUUCUCAUCGGUCUUCCCGGGCAUCCGCCCUCAUCUGAUGAUGCUGACCUUGUGGUUCCGGGUUCCCUUCUUCAGGGAAUACAUCAUGUGCUCGGGGCUGGUCACGUCAGAAAAGGAGAGCGCUGCUCACAUUCUGAGCAGGAAGGGUGGUGGGAACCUGCUGGCUGUCAUUGUCGGGGGCGCCCAGGAGGCCCUGGAUGCCAGGCCUGGAGCCUUCACGCUGCUGCUGAGGAACCGCAAGGGCUUUAUCAAGCUCGCCUUAAUGCACGGGGUGCCUCUGGUGCCGAUCUUCUCCUUUGGGGAGAAUGACCUGUUUGACCAGGUUGAGAACUCUUGUGGCUCCUGGUUGCGCAAUAUCCAGAACCGGCUGCAGAAGAUCAUGAGCAUCUCCUUCCCACUUUUCCAUGGCCGCGGCGUCUUUCAGUAUAGCUUUGGCUUACUACCCUACCGCCGGCCCAUCACCACUGUGGUGGGAAAGCCCAUUGAAGUGCAGAAGACGCUGCAUCCCUCGGAGGAGGAGGUGAACAAGCUGCACCAACGCUACAUCAAGGAGUUGUGCAACCUCUUCGAGGCCCACAAGCUCAAGUUCAACAUCCCGGCUGACCAGCACUUGGAGUUCUGCUGA